UCGAGACGGCGGGGCGGGCGACGUCAGGCAGCCGGCGCGGGGCUGAGCUUGUGGCAGAAGGAAGAAUUUAUAUACAUACAUGUAAGAAAAGCAAAAAUGUCAGAUGAUAUCAGGAAAAGGUUUGAAUUUCCAAAUUCUCUUAUCCAGUCACAGGCUGUGGGUCAUCUUAUUGCUGCAGUCCUAAAGGAAAAUGGUUAUUCAGAAAAGAUCCACCAAGCUACAAACCAGACUCCUGCUUUGAACUUGCUGUGGGAGAAGUGCUGCAGUGACAACGUAGUGGUUCGAACAGCCUGUUGUGAGGGUUUGGUGGCACUUGUUGCUCAGGAUCAUGCAGAAUUCAGCUACGUUCUCAAUGGGAUUCUCAACCUGAUUCCCUCGACCAGGAAUACCCAGGGCUUGAUUAAAGCCCUUGUGAAAUUAUUACAAAUGCAAGCUCUUAAGGAAGGACAAAGUGGGGAGAAGAAUAUUCAGGAUAUAUAUACUAUUAGAAAUCGUCCUCAGCCUUUGAUCACUGUGCUGGAACAUAGGCCUGACUGCUGGCCAGUUCUUUUGCAACAGCUGACAGCUUUUUUCAAGCAGUGCCCUGAAAGGUCAGAGAUUCCAUGUAUCCAGAUAAUGGCACCAUUUCUAUGGUAUUUAUAUUGUGAACCAUCCCAGUUACAAGAAUAUGCUAAACUUCGACUAGCCCUGCUAAAAGUCUUACUGGAACCCUGCGUUCCUUGUGACAAAGAGCAACCAUCAGUAUUGGAACAACACAUACUUCAACUGUGUUGUGACGUGGUUCCGUGUUUUCAGGUAAAAGAUUUGAUACAGACAACAGAAGUGAUGCUGUUUAUUGAAGAAGUAUAUUUAAGCCUUUUGCGUCAUCCCAUCUUCUGGAAAAUUCAGCUUACUCAGCUGUCCCUUCAGCUGCUUUGUGUCUGUGAAGUCAGCUUAAAGAUAACUGGAGAAUGCUCAUCUCUAAUUCACCUUUUAGAGCGUGGUGUUGAACUUCUGAGGGAGGACUUUCCUGUUGAACUGGUCGUAAUUGGAGUAGCUUUACUUCUUCUGCAGACUCCAGCAAGUCAGCAGAAGCCGAUCUUAAGUCUAGCUUUGAAGCUCCUCUCUUUUGCUGAGGGUCAGAAAAUCCCAAAGUCAUCCCUGCUGCUAGCAAUGCCAGUUCUGCAGAUUUUAUCAUCUACUGCCUUGGAAGACUGCGUAUCUGUGGCUGAAGAAGGGCCCUCUAGGCAGCAGUUGGCUCUAAACCUUUUGGAAAUGAUACAGCAGGAGUGCUACAGAGAUGACAGCCAAAAGCUCUCCUACAAGCUUGCAUUCCCCAUAACCAGCAUGUAUAGCUCAAUAUUGACAGCCUGGAAGAUGCUUGAAGUAAUGAGAGAAGAGUCUGCAGCCUGUGACUGGUUGGCUUCAGUGGAGUCAUUGCUCCCUAUUACUACAGUGAUCCCUGUGCAUGUUUUCCUUUUGCUGGCUUAUCUUCUUGUUAGAGAUAAAGGAUUGAAUCUUCACCAAAUCCUGAAGGUCACUACAGAACUAGCCCAAGCAGAUUCGUCUCAGGUUCCAAAUCUGAUUCCAGUUUUGAUGUUCAAAUUAGGAAGACCACUGGAACCUGUAUUGUACAAUGAUAUCUUGUAUACUUUACCUUCUCUUGGUGUUCACAAGGUGUGCAUAGGACAGAUUCUAAGAGUAAUCCAACUGCUUGGAACAACCCCACAACUAAGAGCUGUCACUUUGCGCUUGUUAACAUCUUUGUGGGAAAAGCAGGAUCGUGUCUAUCCUGAACUGCAGCGGUUCAUGGCCAUGUCUGAUGUGCCUUCUCUGUCUGUGGGAAAGGAGGUCCAGUGGGAGAAGCUGAUAGCGAAAGCAGCAUCGAUUAGAGAUAUAUGCAAGCAAAGACCGUAUCAACAUGGUGCCGAUAUGUUGGCAGCCAUUUCUCAGGUGUUAAACGAAUGCACUAAAUCUGAUCAAGCUACUCCGGCAGCAUUGGUGUUACAAGGUCUUCAUGCGCUCUGUCAAGCUGAGGUUGUUUGUAUUCGCUCUACUUGGAACGCUCUCUCCCCAAAGCUGAGCUGUGACAGGAGACCUCUCAUUUUAAAGACCCUCAGUGAACUCUUUUCUCUGGUUCCUUCCUUAACAGUCAACACAGCUGAAUAUGAGAAUUUUAAAGUUCAAGUCCUCAGCUUCCUCUGGACUCACACUCAAAACAAGGACCCAGUUGUUGCAAAUGCUGCAUAUAAAUCACUCUCACACUUUGGUGCAGGGGAGCACACCAUCCUUCAUCUGCCUGAAAAGGUAAGACCAGAAAUUCCUGUUUCUGAUGAGCUCGAUGAAGAUGAAGAUGAAGAAGGUGAUGAAAAGGAAGUGGACCUUUCCAUUCCUGGCUUCUGCUAUCUCAAACUGUUGUCACUUACUGCUCCUUCGGUUUUACCAGCCUUGGAGGAAUUUUUUACAUCACUUGUGAAACAAGAAAUGGUGAAUAUGCCCCGUGGGGUGUAUCACACUGCAUUGAAAGGAGGUAUCCGUUCAGAUCAAGGGAAGACUAUUGCAGGAAUUCCCAAUUUUAUGUUGAAAAUGUAUGAAACAAACAAACAACCAGGUUUGAAACCUGGCCUUGCUGGUGGUAUGUUAUUUUGUUAUGAUGUUUCAAUGUAUCAGAGUAAAGAUGGCAAACCAUUGAAUCGACUGAUGGCCAGUAGAGGGCGAAGUUUCAAGCAGACAUCCCUUGCUCUUGUGCAUGAGGUUCACAUUCAGCUCUUGGAGUGGCACCGUGCAAUAUUUCUCCCACAGGCCUGGCUUGCAUAUAUGAAUCGAGCAUAUCAUGCCAUUUUACAGGGAAGAAUAGCGGAGCUGGAGUUACAGUUAAAACACGGAAAAGAAGGACCUGAGGAGGUGCAGUACAAAAAAAAUACAGCCUGGCUCUGGGUCAGAGACAUGUUGACUGAUGAGAUCACCAAGGCAGCUGCAAAGGACAGCCCAGUGGUCAAAGGGAAUGCGCUGUUAGCCUUAAGCAGCCUUGCUCUUGUCGUAUUCAAACACGAAGCCAGCCUCUCCUCAGACUCGGAUGGGGCCUUGGAGAUUCAACCUAACUUCCUUUCAGUAAACGAGUGGGUUUCCAUGGUGCUUGAUACCCUUCUGGUCAUUGUGGAUAGUCAUUACCAACCCAGAGGACGACUUUUCUCCUCGUUUUAUUAUAAAUCCUAUUCCGGUGAAAACACAGCUAGUGCCAUUGCCCGUUCUGCUGCCGCCACGGCUUUGUCUCUCCUCGUGCCAGUUUUCAUUAUCUCUUGCAAAGAGAAGGUUGAGGAAAUCCUGAACAUGCUGACUGCCAGGUUACCUGGGAAACCAAGUGCUGAUGAGUCUCAAGCCGUGCAAAUCCACAUGGGCCUUGCUUUGGGGAUGUUUCUCUCUCGUUUGUGUGAGGAGAAACUCAGCGAUAUAUCUGGCCAACAGAUGAAGCUUCUGAUGAUGAAGUCUUUGGAUGCUCUGGAAAAUUGCUGCUUCGAUCCCAGUCUUGAAUACAACACGGGCUGUAUACUGGGAGUUGGACUUGUGCUGUGUCUCAUGAGCCACGGCAGCCAAAUGGAGUCCCGGGUCCACGUGGCAGCAUCCCUUCGAAAGCUCUCUACUUACCUAGAUGACAGUGGGAGCCAGAGCAGAACGUUUCAGGAGGUCCUUGCCUAUACCCUUAGCUGUGUGUGUACGUCAGCAUUCAGUGCUGGAAUUAUCGAGGCAGCAGAGGCUGAAGAUAUUAUGAACAAACUUCGGCUGUUAGUAGAGAACAACCAGCAGACUUCAGGUUUUGCCCUGGCAUUAGGAAAUAUAGUUCAUGGUUUGUCUGUGUGUGGACAUGGAAAAGCUGAAGACUUGGGUAACAAACUGCUUCCCACCUGGAUCAGAACUAUUCUAUCAGAGGGCACUCCCACGAUGCUUUGUCUAGCAGCUCUUCAUGGCAUGGUGGCCUUGGUAGGCUCUGAAGGGGAUGUAAUACAGCUGAAGUCAGAAGCCAUCCAGACCUCUCAAUUUCAAGGCAGACUUAAUGAAGUCAUCAGAACCUUAACGCAGGUCAUCAGUGUCUCUGGGAUGAUUGGCCUUCAGUCAAAUGCAAUCUGGCUUCUAGGACAUCUUCAUCUGUCUACUCUCUCCUCAAAUCAAAGUAGAACCUCUGUUCCUACAGACUAUAGCUAUUUGCCUGAAAGCAGUUUUAUAAGAGCAGCCAUCGGCUUCUUCGUUAUGGGAGGAAAAAAAGGUCCUGAGUCUGUACCUCCUUCCCUUCUUAAAGUAGUGAUGAAACCCAUAGCAGCUGUUGGAGAAAGCUUUCAGUACCCUCCUGUGAACUGGGCUGCACUCCUCUCUCCACUGAUGAGACUAAACUUUGGUGAAGAGAUACAGCAACUGUGCCUUGAAAUUAUGGUGACGCAGGCACAGUCAUCACAGAACGCAGCUGCGCUGUUGGGCUUGUGGGUGACACCACCACUAAUCCAUGGGCUGAGUCUAAAUAUCAAGAAAUACCUCCUGGUGUCUGUACCUCUGUGGAUAAAACAUGUCACUGAGGAACAGAUCCUGGCUUUUGUUGAAAACUUAAUGGUGGCAGUUUUUCAAGCUGCUCCCCACCUUUCAAGUACUGAGUUACGCCAGAAUUUCUUACAGGGUCUAAGCCAGGCCAUGAAACUGCCCAGCCCUACCCACCACCUCUGGAGUCUGCUCUGUGAUGCUGUUGGGAAAAUUUUUGACCUUCUGCCAAAUAAGAUUCGGAGAAAUGAUAUAGAGCUGUAUAUCAGUGUAGCAAAAUGCCUCUCGGAAAUGACAGACGAUCACGCCAAUCAAGUUGCCCAGAUUACUAAGAGCAACAUAGAAAAGGCUGCCUUUGUCAAACUGUACUUGAUCUCUCAAGGACGAUUCCCCUUGAUGCACUUGACUGAUUUGCUCAGUGCUGCUGUGCGGCACCACGAGAAGGAGACACUGGCCUGGAUGAUACUGCACAGCUUAUACCAGGCGCGGAUCGUGAGUCAUGCCAACACAGGCGUGUUGAAGAGAAUGGAGUGGCUCUUGGAAAUGAUGGGUUAUAUUAGAAAUGUUGCUUAUCGGUCAACAUCUGUUCAGAAUGUGGCCCGUGAUGAGGCUCUGGACUUCUUGUUGCUGAUAUUUGCAGCGGCAGUGGUUGCGUGGGCAGACCACGCAGCCCCUCUCCUCCUUGGCCUCAGUGCCAGCUGGUUGCCAUGGCAUCUUGGCUCAGCUGGGUCAGCACCCAGCUUCCUUGGCAGGAGUCCCAUGCACAGGGUCACUCUGGAGGAGACUCUCACUCUACUUCCCAGUAGCAUCCUUCUUCUGCUGCAGAAGGAGCCAUGGAAGGAGCAGACUCAGAAGGUGAGGUUGGCAGCCCCCGCUUUCAGGGCAGUCUCUGCUGUGGAACUGAGUUCAUUGACUGGCUCUUCAACAUCAUGGAAUCCCCCAAAGAAGCCCUUUCAGCAAAAUCCAGGGAUCUGUUAAAAGGGAAGAACUGUGCUCCUUAGGGUUUUCAGUGGCUAUGAUCUUUCAGAAGCAGAUCACCAGGCCUUUCUUCUGAGGCAUCUUUGGAUGGAUUCAAACCAGCAACCUUCCGGUUAGUAGCUGAGUGCUUAACCAUUUGUGUAUAAAGAUAAAAAUACAGUCACCCAUGUUCCACCACUCCGAAUUAAUCACUAUUGAUAUUUUAUCGUAUUACACUUCCAGAAUUUUUUCUGUAUAUAUCUUACUUUUUAAUGGCAUGAAAAGUUAUGAAUCUAAAUUUAAUAAAAGAAUAUGGGUCAUAUGGCAAACAUGUAGGAACAUGGCUUUUCUGGGAACGCUUGAAAUUGUGGAAUAACAAGAAAGGAAAAGUUCUCUAUCCAUUUAUUCCUCCCUUAUUUUUAGGAAGGGAUUAGUCAUCUUUCUACCUUAUUCCUUUAUAUAUUCCUUAUAAUAUUUUUCAUAGGCUAUAACAAAGGAAUGUACUUAAUAAAUGUUUCAAUGAGUGAGGGAUUUCAACUCGAAUAAAUAGGCCAUCAGUUUUUUAUGGAUUUCAAGAUUAUUCUCCAGAAUUUCUUGGUAUAGUCCAUUCUAAAAUUUAAUAAUUCUUCCUUCUGAAAACAAAUUCAAGAAUUCUUUACUAUGAUUUAAACUCCUUUUCUUUUGUCUAAUCAUCAGUAGAUAGAAAACAUGGGGUUAUAAUUUAUAUACUGGCCUUUAUACACUUUACAAUUAUUGCCAACAUCACCAUCAUGUUAUGGGCAAUCUUGUUCCUUACGUUUUCCCUUAGUUACCUUAACAUGCUUUCUUAAUUGCUCCAUGCCUUCAGUUUCGGAAACUUUAAUCAUGUCUGUUUCAGAAAGCUUUCUACCAGGCUGUCAAAUCCAUUACAGAAGGGAGCAAAUAUUUCCCAAAUAACCUCUUUGCAAUUAUUUGAUUUUUUUUUUAGGUUGACACGUAGGCUCAAGAAUUAGUCUGCUUCAUAUUUUAUUCGAUAAUUCAUUCAAUGUUUAUGUAACGUGCAUACUGGCUGCAUGAGAGAAGCAAGGAAGCAAAGAAACAAAGACAACCAACCUCACACCUUCAUGGAGCAUACAAGCUAGUCAGGAAGAUGGACAUUAAUCAAAGAAACAUACAAACGUUGAAUUAGAACUGAGACAGGUCCUAUAAAAGAGAGAUUCAUGAUGCUGUACUCGGGGGAGGUGACUUAGUUGAGGAAGUCAGUGAUUGCUUCCCUGAGAAAACGACGACUGAUGUAAAGUUAGUAGGAUACACGGCAGAUGCUAAGCGGGAAGAGUAUUUGAGCAGAGGGAACUGAAUUCCUAUGUAUUAAAGUAAAAACCACAGAAUCAAUAAAUGUUAAACCCCCUUCCAAUGAGUAUGCAAACUCAGAGAAGUUAAAUGAUUUACCCCAAACCCAAAACUGAGGUAAUGGAGUUCAGGACCAGGACUCAGAGGUCCUCAGUCCUGGUCCAGUAUUUUGUCUGUUGUGCGGAGCUGCCUCCCCCUCUAACUUUGGUGCUUGAAGCUUUGCAUCUUUGCAUCAAGGGAAAUACACCAGGAAAGAUAUAUUGAAUGAGAUAAACAAUAGCAAAAAUAGAAAUUUAAUCAUCAAAAAAUUUAGCAAACCAUUAUAACUAGACUGCAUUAGUCAGUAUGCAAUAAAGCAAGUCAUUGCUUUCCUACCUUCAGCGAGAACACAGAGGGGAUAAAUCGGCAUCCAUAGUGUUUGGCUGAGCCACGUCAGGACAGCAUAGGAGAUUCCUAUGACUGAUAACAUGCUAUAGGUGUACCUGAAAGGGGACAGAGAGCUCAUCAACAUCAUUUGCUGCUGAUUUCUGGGAAAUAACAGGGAAAGAAAAUACCUUACUAUAAUUAAAUGCACGAAUAAAACUGAAAAGUGUGCAGAUGACGUACUUUAUUUUCUAUAAUUUAAGCAGGAAAAGAGGUGAAAAAUGGAGGGACAUUGUGAGUCUGGCAUGUCUUAUGGAAUGGCCCGUGGAUAAUUACGGAGGUGAACAAAGCCAGAAUGUAACUUAUCCCCAGGACAUUACGGUCACAAGUUUUCUUGAUUAGUGACUUCAAUUUCAUUGAGAAGCCAAUCCCAUUUUAUACAGCAAGCAGCUAGUUUUUUAAGAUAGGCAUACUUAUAAAUACCUAGGGAAUGAAUUUCAAAAACAAAACUGUGACUUUCAAACCCUUAUUUGGCAUCCCUCUGCUUAUGUAAUUAUCCAUCUUAUGUGAUCAGUUAAAGAACUAGCCUUGGGAGCUGGUUCCAGGACACAGUGGGCAGUUUUUAACACAUUCUUUGUGAUUUAGUAAUAGAUGAAAGAGUCUACAUCUUUUUAUUUCUUUGAAUAGGCCAGUGGUUUUCAGGCUUGAUCAUACAUCAGAACCAUCCAGGGGAUUGGAAAAGCACAAAUUGCUGGUCCCUAUCCAAGAGUUUCUGAUUCAGUGGGACUGAGGUGUAGUCUGAAAAUUUGCAUGUGUAACAAGUUCCAGGUGAUACUGACGCUAUUGAUUGAGAGAAACACUGGAAUAGGCAAUGCAAAAACAAUCUAAAAAAACCUUGAAAACAUGAAUGAAGAAAAGUAAAUCUUCCUCUCACUCCAGGACCCUAAUUCCACUCCUCAGAGGCAAUGAGCAAUAUCUGUUUAUUAAAUAUUCUUUCAGAAAUACUUAUGCAUGUCUACGUGUAUAGAUAAUAUAUACACACACAGUCCCCUUUUUCACAUAAACAUAGCAUACUAUGCAUGCUGUCUUACACCUUGUUUUUGGUUUGUUUACUAUAUCUUAGAAGAUUAUUCUAUAGCGAUACAUAUAGAUUUGCCUCACACUAUUUUUUUUUUUUAUGUAGCUGCUAAAAAGGAUUCCUCUACAUGGAAGUAUGUCAUAAUUCAUUCAAGCUGGACCCCACUGCUGAGCAUUUAGUAUUUCCAAUUUUUUGCUCUUACAAACAAUUCUGAGUGGAUAUCCUUGAACAUAGUUCUUUGUGCACAGGUAUAAUUAUAUCUUUCUACCUGUAAAAUAAAUUCCCAGGGUAGUACUGACUGAUCAAAGGGAAUGUGCAUCUAAAGUUUUGGUACGUAUUUCAGAAUUUUCCUUCAGAAUAUUUGGCCCCAUUGUGCACUCCUACCAACAGCCCUCAUCCACAUGGCAUGUUAUCCAACUUUCUGAUCUUUACCAGUCUAAGAUGCAGCACCUAAAGAUAGAUUGGCAUGACACUUUAUGUUUCUACAAAGGCAAUCAUAAAGCGUCUCCUCAGAAAUUCUGUCUUUAUGGAGCAAAACAGAUGAUCAUUCUUCAGUGUGGUCUUAGGAAAUGUUUCUCAGAUUGAAAGUCCUCAAGAAAUAGAGUGUAACUGAAGGGAGUCAGAUAGAACAUUACGACAGGCAGCAUAAAGAGGGAGCCCCCUUCUGAGCUCUGUGGUGAUAGUAACAGGGAGAUCUCACUUACAAAGGGGCUGGAGAAAUCCCAAGAUGGAAUCUUUAGGAGACAUCAAGCCAUAUCAAGGCUUAAAGUACCUGGAAUCCUGUGAAACUACUUUCUGUUCAUGGAGAAAUACUGUCCUCCUUGUACCCUCUUUUUCUGAAAACUGAAGAAAGGACUCUCUUAUGUAAUGGUGGGGAUUAGCAUGAUCAUGUUUGUAUAUUGAGAACUGUAAAACCAGGAAAUAUGAAUGUGUGGAGAUUGAGGACAGAAAGAGGGUUCAGUAAUCACAGGAAAUAGCAGACACAGGCUGCUGAGCUACUAGGGGUGGCCAGAAGCAAAAACAAAACAAAAAAAAACACUAUUCAGAAGUUUUGGGCUACAAACCCAGGAAGACAGGGAAGGGUUUGGGGAAUGAGCAGAGGGGUGUCAUUAAGUUAACUUUCAGAUGUUAAAGAGAAUACUUUUCACUUAGGACAUUGAACUUGGUGGAGGAUUCAUUUAGGAAGAUAAUAUUCAACCAAGGAUUAAGAACAUUAAUGUGCACUGGCUGACCUGGAAGAAAAACAAUACGUGUGACAGGAUUAAUCGGCACUUAUUAUUAUUAUUAAGUGUAAUUAAGUGCUCAUUAAUCCUGUUCAUAUGUAUUACAUAUCAGGGCUUAAAAGUUCUUUUACCACAUUAUCUCAUUUAUUUUACUACAUUUUCUCAUUUGGUCCUUUUUUAAAAACGCAUUCUAGGGUAGGUUGGGAAGAUAGUCCUACCCCCAUUUUACAGAGGAAAAAAAAUAGAGUUUCAAAAGGUUAGGUCUCCAGCAAGUCCACUCCUAGGUAUGUACCCAAGAAAAUUGAAAACAUGUCCACACAGAAGCUUACACACAGAUCUCAUAGAAGCGUUGUCCAUAAUAGCCAGAAGGUGGAAAUAACCCUGAUGCCCAUCAAUUGAUGGAUGGAUAAACAAAACAUGGUAUAUCCAUACAAUAGAAUAUUAUUCAGCCAUAAAAAUGAACGAAGUACAGAUACAUGCUACAACGUGGAUGGACUUUGAAAACAUUAACGUGAAAGAAACCAGACACAAAAGGCCAUGUUUAUAAUUUAUGUGAAAUGUAAACAUCCAGACUAGGCAAAUCUAUAUAGUCAGAAAGUAGAUCGGUGGCUGUCACAAGCUGGGAGGAGGCAGGAAUGGAGAAUGACUGCUAACGCAUACAAAAUUUCUGUUUGGGAUGAUGAAAAUGUUCUAAAAUUAGAUAGUGGUGGUGGUUGCCCAACUCUGUGAAUAUACCAGAAACCAUGAAUUACAUAUUUUAAAAAAGUGAAUUUUAUGGUACAUGAAUUAUAUCUCAAUAAAUCUGUUCUGUAAAAAAAUGGUUAGGGAAUUUUCCCAAGGUCACACAGCAAGUAAGUAGUAGAGAUAGGAUUCAUCCUAAGAUCUUCUGCCUCUACAUUCCAAUGUCCUUCCAUGACACUAUGCUACCACUCUCAAUUCCCAAAUAAUAUCACAAAGUAGUAUUGUUCUCCCAUGAGUCUAUUAAGCAUAGAUGAGACUGAAGAGACACCAAGUCAGGCAUCCCCGAGAACAGUAAAUCAGAAAGCCCUGAUCCCAAGAAUAGGAUCCAGUGUCAUGACCAGGAAGUUUGCCGCAAGUCUACAAAGCUAUAGUUAAAGAUGAAAAGUAACUAAGUUAUUACAAAGAAUUAUAGUCACUUUAAUUCAAGAAUAUAUUCUAAUUCACUCUAGGGCUUAACCCUUUAUUCAGAUAUAUUUUAAUCCAGCUAAGUGACUGGCAAUGUAAUAAAAAAGAAUUUACAUAACCUCAACUAAAACUCUAGGCCUCUUUUGUUACCUAUGCACAUCAACUCUUCCAAGUGGGAGGGGCAGUUCUCAUCUGUGAAAGCAAAAAAGUGAGCCACUGGGCCAAGGGGACUGUUUUACACAAUGAAUGGUCUCAUGGCAAAGUUUUAGAACUAGAAGGAAACUGAAGCCUAUCAGGGGCAAGGCUCCCAGGGGGUCCACGAAGGGCUUCAGUUAGUCAUCUGAACCCUGAAAUGGUAUACAAAAUUGUAGAAGUGCGUUUUUUUUUUGUUCGUUUUUUUUGAGAGCCCCUACAUUUAAAUUUAAAGUAUUUUUGAAUUCGCAGGCAUAAUAAAAGUUCUGCCUUUCUUAUUAAAGUAACAUGUACUAAAGCAGUUGUGAGGAAUGCCUUUCGUUAGCAAACAGCUGUGAGGUUUUUUCCAAGUUGGUGUUAUGCCAAGCCUUCUGCUAGAAUCCUGAAUGCACUGAUUUGCUCUUGUAAAAUCACGGUAGGUUUUCAUUAUCUUUGAUAUGCCCAUUAUGGGAAGCACUAAAAAUACAUUUCCAUAUUAAGAUAAAAUAAUUUGAAAAGGGGUUAUGUUUUUCUGUUUCAUUCAGAAUAACCAAAUGUUAGCAGUUAGUACGGUUUUCAUUGUAGAAAGAAAUCUGGCUUUAUUUCAAGAGAUUUUUUUUAUUUCUUACCUAACCAUAUCCAAUAGAUUCCAAAAGAUGAAUAAAACACACACCACAUAUUUCUCUUGAACUUCCUCUUGACUGGUGAUGACCACAAAGAGAAUGAUUAUUCUCUCUGUGAGCUAAGAGAGAAACAACAAAGUCAAGAGUUAGGAUAAUCUGUUAGGCUAGGAAGGUAAUUCUCUAAUUUUAAAUACCAAAGAUCCUUUUAAAAGUAUACUUUAACUGGAAAUAUAUACACUAAACUGUUGACAAUGAUUAGCUCUGAGGGAGUAGGGUUAUGAAUUUUAUUUCCUCCUUUUUAUAUUUUCCAAAUUAUAUACAAUAAAUGAAAAGAUAAUGUAUUUUAUCAAUAUCGGGAUAUUUCCCUUCUUCUUGCCAUACAUGUACUGUGUUUUUAUUCACUUCAGCAAGCUUCUACUGAGCAUGCACUAUGAACUAGAAAAUAAUAAAAAAAACUAAAAACCUGGUAAACCACUUGACACUGAUUCAAUUCCAACUCAUGGUGACUGCAUGUGUUUUGGAGUAGGACUGUAAUCCAUCAGGUUGUCAAUGACUGUGAUCUUUCUGAAGUAUAUCACCUGGCCUUUAUUCUGAGGCACCUCUGGGUGGAUUCAAACUGCCAACCUUUCAGUUAGUAACCGAGCGCAUAGCCAUUUGUGCCACCCAGGUUUGCUAUAUUAGAUGCCAAAAAACCAAAAGCCAAGCCAACUGCUGUCAAGUCGAUUUUGACUCAUAGCAACUCAACAGGACAGAGUAGAACUGCUCCAUGGGGUUUCCAGGGAGCAGCUGGUGGAUUCAAACUGCCGACCUUUUGGUUAGCAGCCAUAGCUCUUAACUACUGUGCCACCAGCGCCCCUUAUUAGAUGCUAAAAUAUACAUAAAAAUUAAAACAUCACCCUGGCCCCAGAAAGGAGCCAUGGUGACACAGUGGUUAAAGCAAUCGGCUGCUUGUCUGCUUCCGUAAAGAUUUACAGCCUUGGAAACCAUACAGGGUCUCUAUGAGUCAAAAUUGACUCCACGCCAUUGGUUGUUGUUGCCCCAGGGAGAGUAGCUGUGGUAGAAGGAGAGUGUGGAGCAGUAACUAUAGCACUGUGUGAAUAAUGCUGUCAUUCAAAGUGCUUUGUAUGGCAGUACAGGUGAGGGAGAUACUUCCUGCCCAGGAAAGGAGAGAGAUUUAUGAAGAUAGGCAACUUUGAGUUGGAUCUUGAAGAAUGGUGAGGGGUUUGUCAGGCUGACUGGAGAGAAGAAGGGGCACAUGAGCAGCCUGAGUAAAGAGAGAGAGGUAUGAAAACACAGGGGCUCUGGGAGUUAUGAGAACCUCUAGGGUGCUAGAGGGAGAGCGCAUAGAAGGGAAUAACAUAUGAAACAAAGUGUCUGGGGCUGGGCUGUGAAGCAUUUUGAAGGGCAGGCUGAGAAAUUUCAACUUCAUUCUACAGAAAAGCUAUCAUAGUUUUUUGUUUUAUUUUUGUUUUUAAUGCAGGGGAGUAAUAUAAUCCUAACUCUCAUAAACAACUAGCAGAAAAUGAAAAGAAUUCACACACUUAUGGCUUAGCUCCAACUACUGGCCUCAAAAAAAUACAUUCCUCUUACCCAAUCCAAAGUUCCUUCUUAUGUUUUAUUAGUAUCUCCUGUACGUUCUACAUUUUUGUUUUCACUUGUUAGAACAAUUUACUUUGCUCUCAAUGGUCAAAAGAUAAUAUACCUGAGAUUGAAGGAGCAUAUUAGUGAUGAAAGGGGGAAUUGGUUUAUAUUUUUCAAUAGCUCUAUUUUUAAAAAGAAUCAAGGAGAGAAAACACUUGGAUAAUUUAUGACUUAAAAUCAUAGGCUGUUAGUCCUGGAGAAUCAUCUAGUGCACAGAAAUCCAAGAAUUGCCAACACUGGGCCACAUGAUCAGAAAUCCAAUGUAUAAGAUGUAUCAGUGUGUUUGUGACAGUGGUGAGUCAGUGGUGAGGGUCCUUGCUUGGCUAAGGGGAACUGGAUAUGAUUCAAAUCUUAGUCAAUCUCUAUAAGCUACUGACAUAGCUGUUUUUCUUGUGUUAGCCUUUUUUUUAUAAUGCCCUAGUUUCUUGAUUUAAUUUUGGUGGAAUUAAUCUUUUAAAAGUUCACAUUAUAUAAUGAAUUAUACUGAACUUCAAUUAUAAUUGCUGAAUAAUCCAAGCUUGCUGUCAUGACACAUGGCAGCCUUUGGAUACAAGAUCUUAGCAGCAAACAAGUACUUAGGCACCACGCAGUCUUCCACUUGAUUAAAAAAAAAAAAAUAGUGCCUGCUAAUUAGGAAAACCUUUUAGCUUUUGCUAAAUAUCUCAGGAGAUAUACAUAUAUGAAUGUGUGCACAUAUACACAGACUUCUAAUUAUAUGGUUGACUUCAGAGAAAACUUAGAUACUUCUUGAUAAGAUGGUUGAGUUUGGUUGUAUCUGUAGGGUCCUCUCCAGACAUAACACUCUUGAUACUGGCCCAACUCCACCUUUUUCCAGAAAGGAAUUGGAGAACCAGAGAAGUUAAGUGCCUUGCCCAAGCUAGGGGCAGGCCUGGAAACAUGCCUAUCCCAAGUCUCCUGGUUUCCAGAGUAGAAUGUACAGGAGAUACUAAUAAAACAUAAGAAGGAACUUUGGAUU